GAGUGUACCCAUAGCAUGAAGCAUAAAACGUUUCAGCAUGUUCGGCAAUCAUCGGAAGUCACCGCGAGAAAAACAUCCCCACCCGAUUCCCGGACGUGUGACUGUGGCAAUCAGAGCACAACCAAAAUAAAAGAAAUGAUCUCGAAAAUCCACUUUUUAGCAAAGAAUUCUCACAAAAGUGCCGUGAAUUUGUGUGUUCGUCAUCUCAGGAGUCAAAUUCAGUACAUUGCCCACGCGAAAGAUCCCCCUGAUGCUGGUGAGAAGGCUGAGAACUUGACCCAUUUUGGGUUUGAAAGCAUCCGGGAAGAUGAGAAAGCCGGAAAGGUGCACAAGGUGUUUGAGGAUGUUGCCCAAUCGUAUGACUUGAUGAAUGAUGUCCUAUCGAUGGGAAUUCAUCGGUUGUGGAAGGAUGCUUUCAUGGAGGAACUUGGGCCAACACCAGGAACAAAGCUACUUGACAUGGCUGGAGGAACGGGUGAUAUUGCCUUCAGAUUCCUCAAAUAUCUCGCUAAUAUCAAAAAUCCAGAGAAGAAGGAGAGUCAUCUAACAAUUGGGGACAUAAAUGAGCACAUGCUGAAUGUGGGGAAAGGACGAGCUGAAAAACUAGGACUAACAAAAGCUGCCAAUUGCCGUGUGGACUGGGUCUGUGCGGACGCUGAAAAUCUCCCCUUUGACUCCAACACCUUCACAGCCUACACAAUAGCCUUUGGCAUACGGAAUUGCACCCACAUUGACAAAGUUCUCAGUGAAGCUCAUCGAGUCCUUGCACCUGGCGGGCGUUUUCUCUGCCUUGAGUUCAGUCACCUGCCCAAUGAGACGCUGCAGAAGAUCUACGAUCGAUACUCCUUCGAAAUGAUCCCACCCCUUGGGCAAAUCUUCGCGGGACAGUGGCAACACUACCAGUACCUCGUGGAGAGUAUCCGACGCUUCCCGCGACAGGAAAACUUCACCCAAAUGAUCCGUUCAGCUGGCUUCAGUCACGUAACCCAUCGUAAUCUCACCUUUGGCAUCAGUGCCAUCCAUUCGGGAUUCAAAUUCCAAUAAAAAAAACGUCACGAAUUAUUAUUUAAUUAGUUUCUUCUAAUCUUUUUUUUUCCAUAUAUAAUUUUUCAUUUUAAUCCAUACAUAACACAUUUAUAGAAUUUCCAAUGAAUGUUCAGCUGCAUUGGUGUUGGUGUGUGUUGCGAAAGAAAAGAGAAUUAAAAAUUAAGUACAUAAAUUUAUCAUUUUUUUUCUUCUUCUUUACUUUUGACGAUUUAUUCUUACACAUUGUUCUCCCUCCUUCUCUCGUCCUUAAUGCAUUAGGUAACCUAUUAUAUGUUUUUUUUUCUCAUUGAAAAUUUAGAGGAUAGCAUAAAACAAAAAUUUUAACAUGUUGUGUUUAAUUAAUUUUACUAAUAAGUCAUCAUUAAUUUUUUUUCUAUACCCUUGAGCACUAUUUUUCUCUCUUUAUUUUGCAUCAUUUGUGUGUUUGAUUUUUUUUAUGGCAAAUAUAGUGCAUUUUCUCUUCUUUUAUCUUUUUUUUUAAUUCAAUUUAUCGAGAAGACUCGAAUUUGAGACACAUCUCCUGGAAAGCACCCACCCAUGUAGGGAAGUGUUAAAGAAAAGUCUUUGGCUCAAACAAAUAUAGAAAAUCCUCUGUUCAAAUUAACCUUGCACCGAGACUCAACUUCGUUAGCCAAUGAAAACUCUUUGAUCGAAUUUAUCAACCAAUCAGAGCUCUCGCAUUGAUUUUUCUUCUUUUUCUUCAUUCUCAUUUCAAAAGCCCAAUUUCGCAGUGCAAAGUUUAUUCGAAUUGAUGAUUAAUUGAUAAUGAAUGAUCGUUUUUCAUAGGAUACAUUAGGAUUUACUCGAAUAUGCUGAAUUAAGCGAUCUUAUAGGUUAUCUUUUCCUCCUCAUUUUACAUUUGGGCAGAGCCUAAAUCCUUUCUUCGUAUGAAUAGGAUGUAAAAACGAAAGAAUUCUAUCGAGAUGAAUUAAAAUUAACUUAAAUAAAUCAGAUUCAGUUUUAGGUAGUCAAAGUCUUUUUUUUAAAGGAUAAUUAAUAAAUAAUCAUUUCAUUUUAUCCUUUUAGUUGGCAGAAAAAAAAGCUUUUAGGGCAGACAGACGUAGCUUAUUUUUUUUUAUUAGAAAGAUCAAUAAACAAAUAAUCCUUUAAGUAGUUUAGAAUGUUUAAGAGCAACGUACCAAAAGUUAAUCUUCUCUAAAUCCCACAACCGCUCAUGAUGAAAAAUUUUCUUCUUUUACUUAACUCCUGUCGCGCUGCUGUAAAAAAUGGACGGGUAAGAAAGUUCCAGAGCCUUAGAAUGUCUUUUAAUUCCAAAGACUUGAUCACGUGAGGAUCACAUUUUAAAGCCUUUUUUUAAGAACUUCUUCAACACUUCCCUACAUUAUAGAAUUUUCAUCCUCUAAAUUCUCCUUUCCGCGUGGAAAUGACAUUUCUUUUCCACCUAUUCGCUAUUUUUUUUUUGUUUCAUCAGUAUAGUAGUAGGAAAUAAAACACUGAACAUGAAGACAGCAUAAAAUUUGCCAUUACUCUCCCCACAUGCUCCCCUACAAUCAGUACAUGUAGUCACUUUAAUAUUCUUUUAUUUUUGUAUAUAGAAAAUAAAUCAAAGAAAAAUAUAGACAAUUGUAUUUAUCUUUUUUUUUUAAAUGCCUUAAAAUAUCUCACAUUUUUUUCUCUCUCUCUCUCUCUCUGUGAAAGUGUAUAAGUUCUGUAAAUCUUUUUUUUACUCCCUCGCAUACAUUUUUUUAAAGAGAAAAAAAAAAGACAAUGUAUAAUCGGAUUUGCUAGCAAAUUUAUGCGAUAUUCUUUACAGAUUUUUUUAUUUAAGAUUAUCCCUUCUUUGUUAAAUGUAAAUUUUCUUGAAGUUAUUCCUUUUUUUUCCUAAUCAACGAUUUUUUCUUAAUCUUCCAUUCGCACUACAGUAAAUUUAAAAGAUGUUUAUCCGCCGUGUCUAAAUUACCAUUAGAAAAAAUUGGAUAUAAUUUCCAGAGGACAUUUUUUUUCAUUAAAUUUUUCUCCAUCUUAUAAAUACUUUUUUUUUCUUUUUGAAUUGAGUGAUUCAUUUAAUCUUGUCUCGCUUUUCUCACGUAUUAAUAUUUAUUUUUCAUUUUUUUAUUACAUCAUUAAUUGAUAGAUUUUUUUAUCUGUUUUUGACGUGCUAAUUUUUUUUCUCUUUAUCAUAAAGUUAACCGCAGAUAAAUUAACUAUUAAGAAAAAAAAAUACAACGCGUGGUGGUGAUUUAAAAGAAUAGUUUGCAAAAUACUUGAAUUUGUAUUUUCUUUUUUUUUAUCAAGAUUUCUCUCUAUUUUUUUUUUAUUUAUCCUUUUUCUCAUUUUAUUUAUAUAUUUUUUUCUUUUUUUUUAAUUGUUAAGUGUAAAUUGUGUUUUUAUCUUUUCAUUGUUUCAAGUAAGAUUUUCGGUGUUAUUUUCCACACAAAGAAUUUUUAUUUUAUUUUUUU